GAAAAUUUGUCGAUACGUAGGGAGCAUUGCCAAGCAACUAGAGACUUGUGAAACAUGUAGAACAACAACUACGAGGACUUCUUGGGUGGAGUUGUAGUAUUGCAGCAUACAACUGUGUACAGCGAGAUUUUUCCAAAACCGUAUACUACGAUAAACAAAAUGCCGGCAGUGCCUCCUCCAUUGUUGCCUGGUGGGGCUGCGUUCGACCCUCCCAUUCGUACUGGCAGCGCCGGUGCAAAUGAGCUCACGCUAGAACAUUUUAGUGGGCAAGAGUUCGAUCCGGUGACCUGGCUUAACGCCAAUCUGUCGAAUAUCGGGUCUUUGUCCACCAGCUUGCAGCUGUUGUGUCAAGACGAGCAGGAAAGCGUGGACGACUUGGCACAGUCAGUCGUACAAAAACUCCCUACGACGCUGCUGCACUUGGAGACACUGAGGAAAGAAGUAGAGACAGGACAUCGGAGAGUGCAGCAGGCGAUUAAUUAAGAGCCUUUCAUGUUGAUCCAACUCGUCCAACUGAUAGGUUAAAAAUACAAAAGUACAGUUUCCUCUUUCUUCUACUAUUGCUGUCAGAAGUGUCAUCCUAGGCCUGUUCGAAGCUGCUAAAUUUUUUUCACAAACAAGUCCAACAGGAGCAAUCUAAGGCACAGGUUGCCAGCCAGGUAAGUAAGACCUGCACAUCAAGCACAAGCAGUAGGUACGAGUACCAGAUCAUCUACCUUCUAACUUCCGGAGUUAUCAAGAGCAGGCAAGGACUCGUUUCCGAUAUUGACUGAUAUGGCUGUCACCAAAGAACGACUAGAAGUUGCGAAAGUUGCCCUACGAGAAUUACAAACCUGGGACAAAAAAGUGCAAGAGGUAUAAUACUUGUCUACGAGGACUAUGUUGACGUACUUGACAAAACUAUCGAGCCACAAUGACGUGCAUCAACGAAGAAAAAUUAGUAGGUUGUUCUUAGGUUCUCGAACUCGAACACUAGUAGAACUAGUUUGACACGACGUAAGAGACCUACUGUAUCGAUCGUGACUUUGAGCAGAAAAUCAGGUGGACGAUCUCCUCCGUGGUGGCGAAUUGGUUCAAGUGAUUGAGCGGAUUAGAGGUGCUCAGGACGUCUGCGAGUGUUUUGCGGAAUUGCCGGAAUACGAGCAGCGCGUGGGUUCUCUGCGCAACUUCGAGUCCGAACUGAAAUCUUUGGCCCGUCGAAAACUUCUGCUAGCCCUGGAGAAGGGCAACUUUGAGGAUCUGCGGGUGGCUACAGAAGCGUUUCAACGCUGCGACUUGAAUGACGAAUUGAAUCAUUUAGUGGCGAAUCAUUUCGAAAACCUCGCACUCAAAGUGAAGCCAUCUUCCGGAGGAAGCAACAGUGGCUCUGCGUCUGGCGUUGGCGUCGUAGUGGAGCACGUCUCAGCCUCAGCCAUGGGAGAAGCAAUUCGACUGUGCUUUGAAAGUUUGGUGACAGCCAGUCGCGAGAUCGCGCGAGUCAACAUUAAGGCUUCCCGUAAUUCAUCUGGAGAAGCGGCAUCAGUCUGUGGAGGAAAAGAGACGACACACUUCUCAUGAAUAAUAAUGCUCUCCUCUCACUCCAGGAUGAAUCUUCAAAGUAGUAAGCUCUAAUCCCAAGGCAGUCGCAUCGCUUCCUGGAGGAUCACAGCAGACAUCUUCUAGUAGCAGCUCUCCUUCUGUGGCGAGUCCAACAUCUGCAUCACUGGUGGCCAGUGCAAAUCUUACAGGAGGCUCAUCGGCUGCUUCUACAACCUCAGGAGUACUACAGCAUCGAAAAGAGGAGGAUGCUCAGACGAGAAAGCGACUUGUGUACCAAAAGCUAAAGCAUCGCGCUCGACAGUUAGCAGAUGCCGAGGGCCGUGGUCGCGAUGCAGAGUUGGCUGGAGAGAGGCCCGACGGCGAAGACGCAUCACCUUCUGUUAUGGGGCUCAAACAAUUACUCACACGGCAGUUACCACAGUAGCUGUGUCGCCUUACCAAUAUUACCAGUGCAAAGUAAUUUCUUCAAGCAUAAAUCUACGCCAAACACCUCUAACUUGUCUCGUUCGCCACUGCUUGAAGCCGGUGAUCUAGCCAUGUUAGAUCAAGUAACACCAGAUCUCGGGAGAACGGCAAGUGCACAGUCUGCCGGUUCCGCAGCAUAUCUUCAGGUCCCGAAAGCUGCCUCAACAACAGCAGGAGGAUCAUCUUUACAAGCAGAACAACAAGGUUCAUCCUCCUCUCAAGCAACACUGUUAAGGCUUCAACAAGAAACUGAAAUCCAGCUUUGCCAGCAUUUUGGGUCCGUUUCUUAGGAGUAAGUGACGGGCGCCCAGAUCCGGAUGCAUCUCAAGAUAGAUUUCUAGUAGUUCUAAUCCUGAAGCCUUGCAUCAAUUUGCAACGAGCUCUGGUUGCUGCGCUGCGCAAACUACAUGGACUUCUGUACGAAAGUAUGAACGCAGAUGACGGCAAUGUGCCAGCAGAGGACCUCGUCACGCGGAAAACCAGUAGGAUUCUAUUAAGGCUGGUGGAACUGGAACAAAAGGGACGAUAUAGAGGCUGAUCAUGGAACUGGAAAAACAGAGGAGGUGGAGCAGAUUCUUGAAAAGCGAACUACAAGGACUACGUUAGACUUAAAUAGACCUUAUAGUAUAAAUAUUAUACCUUCGCUUUUCUAAUUCCAGCAUCGUGGAUAAGCUAUGUGGAUGGCGCAGAGAAUCUCUCAGCGACAUUGGCCGACUCAAAUUCCGAAGCAGCGAUCGAAACGAUGUUCCGCGAACUUCCCUACUGGUUGCUGUUGGAUACGGUAAGCGAAGUUCAUACAUAGUCUUUUUGAAUGAAACUACUGCAUUGGCAGCGAUUAGAUGAUAAUCUAGGUCCUUCGACUUCAGCUUCAGACGAAAAUAUCCAAGAAUAAUCCACAUCCACAACGAACAUCAGGUAAAAUUUGUUUAUGUGCCUGGCCUACAAGAUUGUCGCGCGAAGAAAGCAGAGAAGCGUGCGACCACGGGCGCCUCGGAGCUACUCUUGACCGCGGAGUCAGAGUCUCUGAAGCAUAUGCAGGCUCUAGCGAAAUUCGCUAUCAAAGACGAUGUUUAUUUAAGGCUCUCGCUGAAGGACAAGGAGAUGUUAAAUAAUGCCUAACCCGUUGUUAAUGUCUACACGCCAAGUAGUUUGUUGUGCUGAAUGCCUAGCCGUAACCCGUUGUUAAUGUCUACACGCCAAGUAGUUUGUUGUGUUGAAUGUCUAACCCGUUGUUAAUGUCUACUUGGCGUAGAAGUAGACUUCACGUUCACAUAACUUCUCACUCUAGAAAUUUGAAGAAGUCAACUUCGCUACUACCUACUAACUAUGGGAAAAAAGUACAUCAACACUCUGCUCACACUCUUUCUCGUGAGACUACAUCAAUCCUGCAUACAAACCUCUUCUAAGCUCACUUCUCUCAAGUGCCGAGUUCGUUGCCUUGUCAGCUGUUGACAGUUGUUUCGCCGCAUCCUUGUCUGAAGUUUUCCCGCCAUUAGGAGACAUCUUUGAGAACAGCAUCCAAGAACGGUCGACGCAGAACGCAAUCGAUGCGACCGUUUUGAACCUCUGUCUUAGCUUUUACGGCUUGUGAAGAACAAGUGGAUCAGUCACUAUAUACAAUUUUAUCCAUGAGAUAUACUUAUACAUUCAGAAUUGUUCUGCGUAAGACGAGUCCUGUCCUAACGCUACCCUUUCCUUGUAUUCGAGGCUCGCAUUCUUUCCCAUAAAGAUAAAUUCUGACGAUUUCAUUUUGGCAAAUACCUGCAGAAACCUCUUCUAAUCUAUCUACAAAGUGUUGUCGCAUGUGCAAACGCAGAUGGUGAACGAGCUCGAACAGCCUUUGCUGGACCACUGUAGAAUGCAGGGUGCUGAAUCGCGAGUCUACCCACACUUUGCACAGGCAUUGGAAUGGAAAUUCUUGAAAGAAGGGAUCAAAGAGGUAUCAGUAUGCUCUAUCCAUAUCACUGAAUUGGAAGAAUUGUCCGACGCUGUGCGAAGGCCUGUCGGUGGCAGAAGUAAACUGGCGCCAGCGCUUGCUUCGAGCAAGCUGAUCAAAGGAGCGACCGCGAAGCUGAGCCUAAUAGAGGACGCAGGCGCGGCAGCGCGCCACUGCCUACGUCAUCCAUUGCGCGAAGACCGCGGCCGCCUUCCCCUAUGCUGUGAACACUGGACAGAGCCGCAAAGCUUUGGAGGGAGCAGCCCGUUGCGCUGGACCCAAAGGCGCUCGCAGAGCUUUGGAGUGCAAAGAAAGACAGCCAGAUAAUGGCGGACGCUGUUGGGAGUCCAGCCACCACGGCGACGCCAGGAGACCACACCCCCGAGACGCACAAGGCGCAGCAGCUGACACCACUAGCCUGCUGGCCGUGGCUUAUUUUCUGAAGCUGCCGGCGAUGCGGGCGCUGCAGGCUCCCGGGGGGCUUUUCAGCCCCCGCGCCUACCUAUUGCCGCAGGGCGUGGGACAAUCAGGGCGCCGCGGCGAAUACACCAGGGCACCCGGCCGAAGCUUGACAGUCUGGGGGUGGCUUCAAAGCGUGUGGGGGCGUCGAGGCGGCGGGGCUGCUGGGCUUUCGGCGGCUUCCUUUAUGUCGCCGCCCAUCAACCGGAAGCAGAGAGACCGCGGAAGGCCGCCGCCGAAACGGUGAAAGCAGGGAGGGGAGCGGAUCGUGGCCAUUGCCAAGGUGGUCGCGUGAGUGCCCUGGGGGCGGUUGGGCUCACUCGGGCUCGUUGUGUGUUGAAUUUUAGCGCGGUGUGUGGUGACGACGACGAGGUGGCGCGCUUCAUGCGACAGCUUACGCGCUUAGCAGGCCGCGGCGGUUUUUUACGGCUCUGCGUGCCUGAAGGAAGUCAAACGCGCAGAGAAGUCAAAGCGACUGGGUCGGCUGGCUCGCGGUCCCGCUUGCACCUUCGUGGAAUUUUCAGCGAGUGCAGCGCUUCAAAGCGGUAAAAGAAAGCGACUGGCGGGCCGGGCGCGCCGAUGCAUACGGGGGCGCGCGCUCCGUUGGCUCGUCCGCGCACGGGCCGUCGACGCCUUUGUGAAUGCGCAUAGCAGGGGGGGGGGGCUUGAGCUGCUCCAGAUCUUUUCCCGCUGGCUGUGGUGCGUUUUUGGGGGGUGCGGUAGAUGAAAGGGCUCGGGCGUGUGUCUGCGAUGCUUGUUUGUAGGUAAGAAAGUCAGUUGUAGUCUUAAGCACUUCGGCGAGGCUUGCAGCUCCUUUGCACCCUGCAGCCCAUGGAGCCUUCUCAGCUCGAUCGAUGCUCCCUUCCUUUCUUUCUUUUGUAAUGCUCUACAAGUCCACCUCGUUCACUAAAAAUCAUUCUUUUGUAAAAAUAGUCUACAAGCCCACCUCGUUCACUGAAAAUCAUUCUUUUGUAAUAGUCUACAAGCCCCCCACCUCGUUCACCGACCGAGCCACCACACAAAUUUAUUACCCCGAUCACCUUCAACGAACAACCUCAGAUCCAGUCAGCGUUCCGGAAGUGGCCAUUGGAGAAGACCUAUGAGGACCGCCGUCUCCAUCAGUCCCGAAGUAGAGUAGCGGAGCUUCUCCAGCGAGCCCGAAAGUUGGUCGGCUCUGCCUGCGUUGCACCAAUACAAUUAUGGAGGAAAAGUCACUAAAACUGUUCGAGGACAACUUUUACAAAUACGACAAUAGUACGGAGGAGCUUUGCUGCGUUUUUAUAGAGGACCUCGCAGGAAUCAAAUUAAUACAUUCGUAGACGACCUCAUCCAGUAGAUACUCCAAUGCUCCUGUGUCUCUAUACCAUCUUUUUCGCUUCUUCUAAUACCAAACGUCCUCUCGCCAUACGCAUCCCUGUCCGUAUGGGCUGCAGAAGAUCCAAAAGACGCUACGCCUCAGCAACUUAUCACUAACGUGGGAGAGCAACUCUUCGGCAUGGUGCCGAUGCUCGAGCACUCUGGGCUAGUAGAGGAAUGGUUACAUGCUGCACUUCAAGAGGUGGCGAAAUUGACCGUUUCCAAUGCGCUUCAGAUAGCACGUCUUUCAGCUGGAGGCUUUUCGCAACUCAAAGCUGAUUUGGAAUACGUCUUUAAUGUCAUCAGUGCUCUCUGUACUUCCAAGACUACUGAAGGAGGAACACAUGUUAUGAGACUCAACAUUUGAAACAGCUGUACUUAGAAGUCGUUGUAGAAGGACGCCAUGACUUCAUGAGCUCCUACAGGGAUAGCACUAGUCUUUUGAUAUUCAUCGCUCAAUUCGCUCAAUUCUAAGGACUGAAGCACAAGCGCCGGCGCAUCCCAGGACAGCGGCUCAGUGGACGAAUUACAGGCACUCUUUAGCCUCGUGAACGCGCUGAAGAAGAUAGAUUCGGAACUGGCGCAAACAGGAAACAGCAUUGCCGCUAUGUUAGCAGCAUCCCAGGAUAACAAGGCAGGAGACUCAAAAUACGAGAGAACUGUGAAACAAAUGUUGAAAAACUUUGCGUCGCCUAAUGUUGGGGCGUAACAUCACUUUUGUUUAAAAAUGUCUAUUGGAGGUUCUAAGAACGAAGGUAGUCACAAAUGUCGACAACAAUUACCAGGAAUUUGCUACAAUAUUGAUGAGAUUCGUCUUUAUUCAUACUGAACAUUGUUGAUUCUACUCCUUG